AUGCUAAGGCAAGUCGCCGUGUUGAAGUUCGAGCUGGGCAGUAAGAAUGAUAAUGUGGUGAUUCGUGACGUUCAGUUGUGGAAAGACGUCGAGAGCCAUGAGCAGACGAUUCGAUCCUUGAAAGGAUGCUUCUUGCAGUAUGUGGAUUAUUACAAAUUACCCCUGUGGAUUACUGGAAUUGGCACAGUGACGACGUGUUUGACCGGCAGUUCAACGACACUGGCUUAUUUUACUAGUAAGUUAAGACGCGAAAGGCGUGGAAUAGUCAUUGAGACAACUGGCGGAUACGCUGUGCUAUACAAAAGCGAAAACACAGUCCAAUGCCUUGAAAUCGACCUGUCAGUAAAGACUUUGUUGGAUUCGCAGAUUAAUGGGCUCGAGAAUACACUCGUCUCUGCAUCGGCAAAGGACAAUAAUAUCGAUGUGAUCUUACGUCAAUCUCAUCAAAGACAAACUCAUAAUAACAACAAAGUAAUGAAAAACUUGCAAAUAAGCGAGAAGAAAUUGCAGUUCAACGAUACAUUGUCUCGGUUGAUCCUAGGUGGGCUACGUCUACGAGGUAUACCAAAUUCACAAUUCGGGUUUCAAAAACUCUACAGAAUGACUUUUAACGCAGCAGAAUUCGCACACAGAGCUCAAUUGCAGCAGCAGGCUACAUCGAACGAACCACAAGUACCAUUCGAAGAGCUUCAGGCUACCGUUGAGACCUUACUUCAGCUGUUCACCAGGUCUUAG